AUGACUACAACAAUUUUCACAAACGCCCGCAUCUUCACGGGUAGCGGCAGUGACACUUUUCAACAAGCCAUGAUAAUCCUUGGUCACCAAAUACUUCACGUUGGCUCAGGAGAUGACUCUGCCGUCCUCCGUGCCAAAUUAUCUGGAGCUCACGAAAUCGAUCUGAACAACCAUAUCGUCGUCCCCGGCUUCGUCGAUAGCCACGUGCAUAUUCUCGACUUUGCUCUGUCGCAGCGUCGAUUGAAUCUCUUGUCCUGCAAAUCGCUUGUGGAUAUUCGAGAGAUGAUCAAAACAUAUGCGCAAAAACAUUCGGAAUUAGAACGGAUCGUUUGCAAAGGAUGGGUGCAAUCGAGCACAGGGGGUGUGGCCCUUGCAAACAUGCUGAAUGAUCUGGAUGAAAGACCGAUAUAUAUCCAGGCAAAUGAUCUCCAUUCCAUCUGGUGCAACACCGCUGCGUUACAUGAGCUAAGCGCGGAGAACAUGAGUAACCCUCCAGGAGGCACGAUCCAUCGUGACGAAAAUGGAAAACCGUCAGGUUUACUUAGUGAGUCCGCGCAUUUGAACGUUGCGCUUCCAUUUUUGACAAGCAUGGUCUCUAUUGAGGAGAAGUUUGCUGCGUUGGAAGAUGCAGUCAAGGCGUAUACCACUGCAGGAUACACAGGGAUGAUUGAUAUGGCGAUGAACGAGAAGGAUUGGGAAAUUUUGAAGCUGUUCCACCAGCGGCAUGCUGAUGGAUUGCCGUUCCAUGUUGCAGCGCAUUGGCUCGUUCCGUACUCGGAAGAUAUGGAUGUCGUGUUCAAGCACGUUGAUCGUGCCAUUGCGCUACAUCAGGAGUUCCAUCCUGCCACAUCACCAACAUUUUGCAUUGCCGGUAUCAAACUGAUAGCCGACGGAGUAGUAGAUGGCUGUACGGCGGCCCUAAGUCAGCCCUACACCAACACCACAGACCCGGUUGCUCCCAUAUGGCCGACAGAAGCGCUCAAAGUCGUAAUCCGAAAAGCCACCGCAGCCGGGCUUCAAUGCGCCGUCCAUGCAAUUGGAGACGCCGCCGUGAAACAAGCAAUCGACGCUUUAUCAGCAUCGUCGAAAGCUCAGCCCAGCAUACCUCCCCGCCAUCGCAUUGAGCACCUUGAACUCACCUCUCCCGAAGAUGCAAAGCGACUUGGUCAGCUCGGCAUUACUGCCUCCGUGCAACCAGUCCACUCAGACCCCGUUCUGUUCCGUGCAUGGCCAAGUCUCAUCGGUCAACAUCGCUGCGGACGCGCGUUUGCGUAUCAAGAGUUUUUGGAAGGAGGAGCAAAGAUAGCAUUUGGAACAGACGCGCCCACAGCUGCGCAUUUGGCAUUGCCAAAUCUAUAUAGUGCCACGACGCGGAAGUCUGCUAUUGAGCCUGAUUCUGAGGAGACAGUGAAUAAGCAUUUUGGGCUUGAAUUGGCAAAGGCUGUCGAGGCUGCUACAACUGGGGCAGCGUAUUCACGGUUUGCGGAAGGAUGGACUGGCAGCUUGAGGAAAGGAUUGAGUGCUGAUUUUGUCGUUUUGGAUACGGAUUGGAGGGCUGAGGGCUUGCUUCAGGCGAAGGUGACACAGACUUGGUAUAGAGGGGUUUGUCGAUCAAUCUAG